AUGGGCUUUAAUGUCGUUUUCCAAAAGGCAGAUUUACUCUUUAUCUUCUUCUCCUUUCAUUUUUCUCUCUCUUUCAGCCAUUCGCAGUACGCUGAUGAUGAAUCCGAUCAAGAUUCUCCGAUCUCUCGCUUUCAACGCUACCUCAUAAUCAAAACCGCACAUCCAGAUCCCGAUUACGCCUCCGUCGUUGCCUUCCUCAGAUCUCAAGCACAAGAAAUCGGUCUCCAUAUGCAAGUACUCGAGUUCGGUCCAGGUAAGCCUCUUCUUCUUGUGACUUGGUAUGGAUCAAACCCUUCUUUGCCUUCGGUUUUACUUAACUCUCACAUGGACUCUGUCCCUUCCGAGCCUUCUAAGUGGCUUCAUCCUCCAUUCUCCGCUGUCCGAACCUCCGAUGGUAAAAUCUUCGCUCGUGGUUCUCAAGAUGACAAGUGUAUCGCCAUCCAGUAUCUUGAAGCCAUUCGGAAUCUUAGAAACCGGGAUUUCAUCCCUGUCCGUACGGUUCAUAUAUCGUAUGUACCGGAUGAGGAGAUUGGGGGUUCUGAUGGAGCUACGAAGUUCGUUCAAUCGAAGGAGUUCAAGGAGUUGAAUGUAGGGUUUAUGAUGGAUGAAGGACAAGCUUCACCGAGAGAUGAGUUUAGGGUUUUUUACGCCGACAAAUCGCCAUGGUCGUUGAUAAUCAAGGAUAAAGGAACCCCUUGCCAUGGAUCUAGAAUGUACGAUAACAGCGCAAUGGAGAAUUUGAUGAAGAGCGUAGAGAUUAUCAGUAGAUUCAGAGAGAGCCAAUUUGAAAUAGUUAAAGCCGGUGAAGCUGCUAAUUCAGAAGUCAUCUCUGUGAAUUCUGUUUUUGUUAAUGCCGGAAUUCCUUCCCCCAAAUGA